UACCCACUUUUCACACCCUUCUCUCUCUCCCAUUGUAGCCAUGCAAGCCUCUCUUCAUCACUUCUCCAUAAGCGCUUCGUCCCUAAGCUCAGACCGGCCUUCAACUCUGAAACAAAUUCACAAACCAUAUAUCGCUUGCAGAAUCGUCAUUAACCCUUCCAAGAAACUAUUCCCUCGCAAACAGCUGCCGCUUUCACCGCCACCCUUACCUGAACCAGCACCACCGUUGUUUCGACAUGAACCUGUGGUCAUAUCACCACAAAAGGCCAACUGUUCAAUUGGUUUAAACCCAAUUCAAAAGUUUGCAGCUUCGGCUUUAGACAAAAUAGAGGCUUUGCUACUUGUACCGUUGGAGAAAAGCCAUGUACUGCCUAGAACCGUUGAUCCCGCAGUUCAAAUUUCAGGUAAUUUCGCGCCGGUUCAGGAGUGUCCGGUUCAUCAUGGCCUGGAGGUUGUGGGCCAGAUCCCGGACACGUUACGUGGCGUUUAUUUACGUAACGGCGCUAAUCCUAUGUAUGCGCCUACAGGUGGACAUCACUUAUUUGAUGGUGAUGGAAUGAUCCAUGCGGUUACCUUAGGAUCUGGUAACCGAGCCAGCUAUGGCUGCAGGUACACCCGUACGAGUCGGCUCGAGCAAGAAGCCGCAUUGGCUAGGUCUCUUUUUCCCAGGCCAAUAGGUGAGUUGCAUGGACACUUGGGCUUGGCUCGGCUGAUGAUCUUUAUGGCUCGAGCUGGUCUCGGCUUGGUUAACACAUCACGAGGCACUGGCGUGGCAAAUGCUGGGCUGGUUUAUUUUAACGGUCGAUUAUUGGCUCUCUCCGAGGACGAUCUUCCUUAUCAUGUAAAGAUCAAGGGUGAUGGUGAUCUGGAAACGAUCGAACGGUUUAAUUUUCAUGAUCAACUUGAUAGUUCCCUGAUUGCACACCCUAAAGUGGACCCAAUCACUGGUGAGUUGCAUGCACUGAGUUACAACGUAAUAAAGAAACCUUACCUAAAAUACUUCAAGUUUGACAGGCACGGAAAAAAGUCACGUGACUUGAGCAUUACCUUAGAUCAAUCAACAAUGAUCCACGACUUCGCAGUUACACGAAAUUUUGUAGUAAUCCCUGAUCAUCAAGUAGUGUUCAAGUUAUCCGAGAUGCUCCGUGGCGGGUCACCCGUAAUCUAUGAUCGAAAUAAGAUUUCAAGGUUCGGAAUUUUGUUGAAAAGCGACGAGAACGAAUCAAGAAUUCGAUGGAUUGAUGUACCCAAUUGCUUUUGCUUCCAUUUGUGGAAUGCAUGGGAAGAAGUUUCCAACAAUGGUGAAAAAAUUAUCGUGGUAAUCGGAUCAUGCAUGAACCCGCCAGAUGCCAUCUUCAAUGAAUCAGAUAUCCCGAUUAAAAGUGAAUUAUCAGAAAUACGAUUGAAUUUGAAUACAGGAGAAUCGACCCGCGUGACAAUAGUAUCACGGAUGAAUUUGGAAGCAGGGCAAGUAAACAGGAAACUUCUGGGUGAGAAAACCCGAUUUGUUUACUUGGCAAUAGCAGAGCCUUGGCCGAAGUGUAGUGGCAUUGCUAGGGUUGAUCUGGAGAGUCGAGAAGUGACAAAAUUUAUGUAUGGUGAAGGAAGGUUCGGCGGCGAGCCAUUUCUGGUGGCAAAAAAUGAGCAAGUUGAUGAAGGGUACAUGAUGGGUUUUGUGAGGGACGAAAUAAAAGAAAGGUCUGAGUUGGUGAUAGUAAAUGCAUCAAGCAUGGAGCAAGUAGCUUCUGUGAGGUUGCCCACUAGAGUGCCUUAUGGGUUUCAUGGCACUUUUGUUAGUGAAGAUGAAUUAAGAAGACAAGCUUUGUGUUAAUUAGCUAGCUUAUUAUGAAGUUAUCUUCUUUUCCCAUAUACGACCAGCAGCAGAUUAAUGAGUAGCCUGGAUUGUUGUUUUAUAUGUAGAUUUCAAGCUAAUAGUUGGGAGAAAAAUCAUAUGAUCAUAUAUAAUUUGUAUAAUAGUUGUGUAUAUAUGAAAAAUCAUAUGAUCAUAUUGAUAAAAAA